CAUAAAAGCAAGUAAGAAAUGAAACAAUAUAAAUCAUUAAUUAUUAUAGUAUAAAUUACAAAUCGAGGAAAUCUAAUUUAAAUAAUAAAUACAUUUUUCAGAUAAGAUUUUCAAAACGAUGUCGUCGAUAAUAUCACUAGUCUGCCGCAUUUGUUACGAUAGUGAGAAGGAUGAGGACCUGAUAACUCCAUGUAAUUGUAAAGGAACAGUAGCUUUCGUCCACAGAUCAUGUUUAGAAACUUGGUUAGGCGAGUCUAAUACCGCCAGCUGCGAAUUAUGCCACGCAGUAUUCCAAACAGAACGAGUGCCGCGAUAUACGUCAGGUAUUUCUGUCUGGUACUGGUGCUGGAAAUCCAAUGGUUCAGCUCAGGAUGUUAGAAGUGACGUAGUUGCCUGUACCAUUAUCACACCACUAACUAUAAUUAUCACAUACGUCUGUUUAUUUUCAUCGGAAUAUUACAAUCAAAUCAAAUUUGCAAGUGUUCCAGCUGCUCGUUGGACUUCUGUAACUAUGUUAAUUAUGAUUGGAAUAAUGCUAAUUGCAUAUUAUAUGUGGGUUUAUUCUACUAUACGAAUGCAUGCCAGAAGAUGGUAUAACUGGUGGCAAAGAACGUGCAAUGUAAGAUAUAUUCCUCCAGGUACUGCAAGAGUUAUAGGAGGAACUGAUGAAGAAGUUGAAGUAAUUGAACAAAGCAGUACUACCAUGGUAUCAAUUGAAUUAAAUAAUAUUGGUAUAAGUAAUUUAGAUGAACGAAACCUAAAUACUUCUUCUGUUACCAACAAUUUAAAUACAUCAAAUGAUACUGAAAAUACAAUACCAUAAAGCACUUUCGUUAA